AGGACAGAUCAUUGCUACAUUGCUAUUCUUUGAAAGGCAACGAAGCGUAUCCCCGUCAGUUUACACAGCUUGCAAUACCUGCAUGUCUUUGCAUUAAAAUUGGCCCAGCCCACUUGACCCUCCUCAACCAUUCACUAUUGUUCAUGAUUAUAGGAUGGCCGAACCAGUACUUUUCCGUUCAAUGGAACUUGUAGAACGGCUGAGUUAGAGCCAUAUAUGAAUAAUAUUUCCAAUAGUAAGCGUUAAUCUGAGUCAGUAUUGCCAGGAAUAACAAUGUGAUUCAACUACAAAGGGCCGCACCACUGGAAUUAAGAUAAAUACGUCGAGUCUUACACGGUUUACCAUAAAUGGCCGUGGGAAAAUAUAGCAAAUCACGUGAUUGUACGGGUGAAUGAAGUGGCCAGUCCCAUUGCGUGACGUCAGUCUAAAAACCACAACCGUAGUAUCAAGGGCAUUGCUCCAGUGUGUUUGGUUUGUGUUGUCAAAACAAGAUGCGUUCAGAAAACAAAACAUAAUCUAGUCCACAAAAUUCAAAUAUAGGCAGACAGCUACAUUGUAGCUAUGAAUUUCUCGAAAACAAGUCUAUUAAGAAACAAUUAGCCUCGACUCUGUGAUAACCCAGUGUAUGUGUGGCGAAAAUCGAUCGCAACUUGCUGCGCAAACUUUCUUUCGCGACGGGUCACGCGGCUCAUAGCUCAGCCAAUGAGAAUCGAGCAAGAACAGGCAAGCUGCCAGGGGCAAAUCAAUACGCCCAUUCAGUAUGUUAGGUGGAACGUUCAUUCAUAACCGGGCAGUAUCACGUGAAAUGCGUUCAUUUACUACGCGUACGAGUUGUGACACAGACUGUUCUUGGCUGCACUAAUGCCAUGAGCUUAUGCUCACAACGUAAGUGUUCACCACGGAGUUAUUCCUCCCUUUAUUUCGCUUCCCUUCCAGAUCACAAACUGCUGCACUCGGCAACCCGACCGUUGUGACGAGAUGGAAAACGUAAGAGGACUGAAUGUAAUGGAAGUCACAGCUGUAUUGGCUUCAGAAAAAUCUUGUCGUGUUCUUGUCUUAGACUGCCGUCCGUUCAUCGCUUUCAACCACAGCCAAAUCGCCCAUUCUGUGAAUGUCCACUGUCCACCCAUUCUAAAAAGACGAUCUGGUGGAUUUAUUGCCCUGGAAAACAUAGUGCCUUGUGUAGAAAAACGAUCUCAGCUGUUGAGCGGUGCGUUCCCAGAUGUUAUAGUUUACGACGAGCGCACACAGGAGCUGAACCAAGCUGCAAGUGAUUCGAAUAUUUUAUCUGUGAUUAAAAGUUUGCUCAAGCAAGUGGAAAAUUUGAACGUGAGAUACAUCGUCGGUGGUUUCGAGGCUGUGAAGGAAGAAUGCCCCGUCCUCUGCAUGCACCAGAACUCCCAAUUCGUCAUGUCUGGGGGGAGGGAAAAACUUGCCAGUCGUGAGCGGAAACAGAACCCUCGACAGGAGGAGCCAUCAGAAAUCCUGCCGCACCUGUACCUGGGUGACGUGUCCCACUCGGGCCAGCACGAGGUUCUACAGCGCCUGGGCAUCACCGCCCUGCUCAACGUGUCCACCAGCUGCGAGAACCACUUCGAGACACAGUACCGCUACAUGAACGUGCCCAUCAACGAUAACUUACACGCCGAUCUGCUCUCUUGGUUCCCGCGGCUCAUACAGUUCAUAGAUAGUGUGGCAGAAGAACGAGGUAAAGUCCUGGUGCACUGUCGAGCAGGGGUCAGUCGGUCAGCAACAGUGUGUAUUGCCUACAUCAUGCAAAAACAAGGACUGUCGUUGGAUGUGGCUUUUGAACAGAUCAGACUGAAGAGACCUAUUGUAGACCCCAAUCUCAAUUUUAUCCAGCAGCUGCAGAAAUUUGAAACUCAACUAAAAGGCCAGCUUCAGGUUCCUUUAACAACGACUACCUUGUGCAGAUCUGCGCCUCCUGCACCUAAUUCACAGUUGCCAUGUGUGUUCACUUUUUCUCCAACUUUGGAGCAGCAGCAUUUACCAAACAAUUGUCCACCAUCCUUCCAACAAGAUGACGGCAUGGAUACAUCGAUGAGUUUUUUUCAACCACAGCCACCACCAUCUACGUCUUCAUCGUCAGUUGAUCAUACAUCAGCAACCUUAAGCAAAAGCCACCCUCUGAGCACUGUCAAACUGGAAUUGUCUCCCUCCAGCCUCUCCCAGACUGCUGCCUCACCAAGCCCGGCCAGAACUCCAGUCCGCCCUGGCUCUCUUCCUCUGCUGCAAGUUUGCACGACUGUGGACUCUCGGCGUCGUUGUAGCAACGCGGAUUUCCUCGUGACCCCGCCAUUUAUCAUUUCCCCUGUUCAAGCCACUUUCCCAUCGUCACCAUUACUGGACAUUAUUCAGCAAGCAGAGGAAACAUUUGAAGUGUUUUCUGCCAGCUAUGGUAAUAUUCCAAGAACACCCUCGGACAAUCAAACUUUGUCAUUUUUUGGAGGAGACAUCACGUGCCAAGCCCUAGCCCUGCCGUUAGAUAUGGCAUCGCCUCGACAGUGCCGGCCCACUAUGACAGCUCCCAUGAUGACAAGUUCCAGUACUUUCCUCAACUCGGAGCGUUCUCAGCCAGCACCUUCUGUCCCUCGCAGUCCUCUGUCCCCGCUGGGAGUACCUCUAUCGCCUCUUCCAUCUUUUGGAUGAAAUUCUGCUUCCUUUGUUUGAAUGUGAAUGAGAGUGAAGGAAUAAAAGAGGCUUGUGCAAUAAUACCAUGCAAACUAAUUUAUGAUGAUGUAUUUGAGAAUGAAAGCCUCUUUGUGUUGAACUAAUGAAGAAAAAAUGCAUUUUGUAUCUGUUCUUGUUGUUCAUGUAUGAUAUCUUGAAGCUGAGAAAUAGCUGAAGCCAUUGAAAGUAAGGUAGACCUAAUGUUGUGUGUUGUGUACUUUUUCAAAAGGUAUAAUAUAUUUGGAAGAUGACAUAUAUAUAAUAUAUACGUAUUUAAAACUCAGGGAUUGUAUCUGUUCACCAAAGACAAUAGUAAUGUGAUUGCUUUUCGUUUUCUUUUACUAUUUUCAUCAUGAACAAAAAGCAAUGCAUGUAAAAGUGGUUGCAACUUGAGCUAGAGUGGCCAUGGUAGUCCACCCAAGUUUACUCCAUAUAUUUGUGAAAAUUGUAUAGAACGUUAUUGUGCAGGCUGCUUUUAAAAACAAAAAUUGAGAAUGACAAAUAGCUCAAAACGUCUAUGACUAGGCUUCUGAAACACAGAGUACCUGCAGACAGGUUUUCAGAAUUUAUUUUUAUUCAUAUUAACAUUAUUCAUGUUUUUUCCUGCAAUGGGGUUCACUUAGAACUGGGGAAUUGGGGGGGGGGGUAUAAAAGAUUGUUCACUUUUGUCUGUCUGCACUAAAACAAGGUUAAAAGUAAAUAACACUGUUUAAUCGUCUCAGGUCUCUUUGCAUGGGGGUUUAAAAGUUAGAUGAAUCUAAAAACUCAUUAUUGAAAGGCACUGCAAAAUAAGGUUCACACAAGAUUUCUUUGAUGUUAAACCUUAAGUGGGUUAAAAAAAAUAAUAGGUCAUUUACAGCAUACACUCAAAACAUUUAAAAAGUUGACCUAUUUUGUCCACAUACAUUAACGCAUACCUACUGUUGAGAACUAAAGUAUUUGUUGAGAUGUACAUGCACAUGGGGAUGAUUAGAUGUUUAGAUUGCCUGGGGAGGGGGAGGGGGGGUUGACUAAGAUUAAACACUAAUGUGGGGCCAAGGUGGUGGUGUGUCUCAGAAUGGGCAAUUUGUUGGCUAGAUUAUUGUAAAUUAUUUAUUGUAGCAAUCAUAUACAUUUAUGUAUACCUGUUGACCAAAAAAAAAACACUUUUCGCGUGGGAUGGGAAAGCCUAUAACUCUGUGGGUAAAGGAUUUUUUGGAUCACCUGAUACUUGUGCAUUGGCAAAUUAAUGAAUGAGCUAGAAUUUUUUAUGCAGACAGACAAAAGUGAACAAGCUUUAGUAAUUUUUUUUGUCUCAGGCUAUCUUAAUUUUGCACAAAAUAUAUCAAACCAUUCAAGGAGACAAUACCAUUGAUUCAGCUUGGUGUUCUGUACAAGAUUCUUAUUUAUGGAAAUAUUUAUUGUUCAACAUCCGGAACUUUUAUACUGUGCCAUAAUUACCGCUGAAGUGAGUACUUCAGUUCUUUCUUUGGUGAACACUUUAAUUAUGUGCCAAGUAGCACAAAUAUUUAUGGCACAAUAUUAUUUAAGAAUCUGCAAUUUUGGUAUUGUGUUUUAUGCUCUUUUUUUUUUUACAUUCAACUUAAGACUUUAACUUUUUUUUUUUUUCAUUAUAAAAAACAAGAGACCUUAAAUCCUCAUAACGUUUUUUUUUUAAUCUAUGGGGUUCUUUGCCUUCCAUUCAAUCUGACAUUUUCAGUUGCUUUAGAAUCUUGUACCAUUUUAUCAAAAGUCGUGUUGAUUAUUACUCUAUGUUAGUGGUACAGAGUGUUGCUACUCAUAUAAAAUUUAAGUUAGGCUGAUAAUUACCCAGCACUUUAUAUAUAUGACUUGAGUGAAAAGAUCUGAACUUGGUCAAGUGAUUGAUUUAAGAGAAUGGGGAAAUGUCUCUCAGAAGAUACAAAAAUAAUCAUUGCAUAUGGUACUGAUUACAGAGACAGUUCUUAUGUUCUUAAAAACUAAAAUAUGUGUAUCACACCGAAAGAGAAUGUCAACUGGUUCUGAGGUGGAGGCAAGACAUCUGCACAUUUUUUUAUUUUGCCAAAACAUGUCACCAUAGAACAGACCUCCUUCCCCAUGCUUUAUCAAGUUUUAUCCUAUUGUUUAUAGAUCAAGUGGAAAAACAUUCCAUUUCACAAGGCACCUGGCUCAUUGGCACAUACUAAAAAGUUUGCCAACACUCAGUUUAGACAAUACGUGCCUCCUUUUUCUCUUGCAUUGUUCUGGCUUUGGUUUAUGCCUUGCUAUAUUGAACAUUUUUUAAUGAGUAAUCGUCAGUUUUCAAAAUCUUCUGAAAAGCAGUGGCUCUGCUGUUUUGGGGCUUUUUAAAAUUGUAUUAUUGCAUCGAACAGUAAGUUCCAAAACUUGUUGACGUUACUUGAUUCAAAGUUGUCCUGAACAUGGAAGAGAUGUAGAUAAAUCAAAUUCAUUUACAAUGGUACCAAGACAUUCCAAGUAAUUUAUAAGGGCUAUUUUGGCCUGUUCGUUCUUUAGUCUUGUGGUUUACCUAAAUAUUGUAUUACUGCUUUUCCCAGUGGGCGGCUAAAGGAUGCCACUUGUAAGUUCUUUAUCUUUUUCAGGCUUCUCUCAUCUAUAUCUGUUGUCUUCCUGUUUUUCAGUGCUGAAUUACCUUUAUUGUUCCAAGCAGCUCAUUAUCAGCCUAAGUAAGACUCAAAAAUUUUUCCCACCCUAUAUUCCACUAGAGAAAGAGGAUGGAUUAUGAACAGCUAUCACUAUAUGGGGGAUAUGUAAGUGUUUUUUGUAUAUCCAGCAACCUUUGGACUUGUGGCUAUAUAAAAAGGAACUGAAAAUGCUAUUGAUCAAAAGGGAAAAAAUGAUGGACAAGCAGGUGCCAGUAGAGACUAUAAUAACAUAAGACAGACCAGAUUUCUAUUUGAAUAAGUAACUACACAUUGUGCCCGAGGAAAACUAGGGAAGGUGUAGACAAGAGCUUGGAUGUAAAACAAGGGGGCAAUGAAUGUUUGCACACUUAUUCACUAAUAAAAUGCCUGUUUCAUCUGUGUUCCUAUCCAGUGUCAGGGAGAACUGUACUACAUUUUAAUUACCCAUUUACAGUCUAGUGGAGCACUUCAGAGUGUAUGACACUUGAGACCUGCUGUAAUCCACUCCCUUUAGAGAAGAAUGAGCACGUGGCUAGUGCGAAUUCAGUGUAAAUCGGUCACACUGAGUUACAGGGGCCAGAUCGCCUCCCUACCCUCCUCUAAAAAUUAGCAAUCCUUGUUUCUUCUUCCAGUUUUUACUGUGACUUUGUACCACAGAAAUUUCAGUGGACACUGUGGUGUUCUGUUUCUUCCACUUUUUUUUCUGAGUACCUUUAUGUUAUCCUUAUCUGGUCCUUGCAAAACGUUGCUGUUAUUGUGCAAACUGUAAACUUUGCGAGUACUUCUGCCCAGAAAUUAAGACUACUUUUUGUUAUGAGAUUAUAUCAGUGUAUUGGUACACGUAACCAUCAUGUACGUUUCUUGGAUUAAUUAAAGAAAUGUAAUUACAAAAGAUAUGGUAUUUUCACAAGCUCUUGCCUUUCAGUCAUCAUUGGAAAGAGAUCUGCUGUCCAUUUAUUUGAGCUGGUUCUAAACUUUUCUUUGAAAUGCCUAUUCAAUUGAAGUUUUAAGUUAUAGUUACUUAGUUUUAAUUCUGGUUGGGUUUUUUCUAAUCUUUAUUAGAUCAACCUGUUCUAUUUCUUUCAAAUUUGAAAAUCCCCCAUAAAUGCAUAGAAACUGCGAAUUUCUGCAAAAGUAUUUUAGCAACUCCUUCUUUUCCCUUUGUCAAACUUUUUUUAAAAAUUCACUUUCACUUGUUUUCUGAAUCUUAGUACAUCAACACUGUGGAAAAAACUUCAGGGCCAAAUUUGUCCAACUUUUUAUCAACAUGUUCAACUUUCUUUAGUAAUUCUAGAGUUCAGUUUCUUUCUUUUCUAACCCCUUUUUUUUCAAUAAUGCAAUGCAUUACUUUGUUGAUAUUGUAAUUUGAAAGACAUUCUGUCUUUUCCUUCAAAGAAGUCUUCCAUUUGAAUCUGUAUCAGAUUUUUUUCCAGGAUAAAACACCAAUUCUAAAUUGAUCCACUCUGAUGUAAAUGUGAAGUGCAAAGUGUUUGAACUAUGAAAGGGCUGUGAUGAUAAUUUAUUGUCCCCCGAAACAGCUUGCAUUCAGCCCCCUCAGGAGGCAGCUAUAUUACCAUCGAAGUCAGCCAUAACUGCCUCCAAAUCCAAUGUUGUUUUUCUGGGAUUGUGGAAGGGGCCAUGCUGUUUCAGAGAAAACUUUCAACAACUGAUGAAGUUGUCACGCCCUGUGUAAAUAUGUUGAGUAAUGAGUAAUGUGCUUGAUUAGCCUAGAUGAAUUAAAUAUUUUCUCGACAGAUGCUGUUUUGGAUGUCUAUUUAUUACUUGCUUGUUGUGAUUUUGAUCUUGAAAUAUUAAACUAAGUCAUAUAAUACCAA